AUGUGCUUUGCACACUCCAAAGGAGCAAGAUUUGUGCUAAAGGGCAAUGUAUCAGUGAAGAAAAUCAUAGAUCCAAAGAAGAGAGCUGCAUGGAUUGCAGAGAAGGUGAACCUGACCAAGACUCAGUACAUGGAUGGGAUCAACUUGGACAUUGAGCAGACAAUACGUCCACAUACACCCGAGUAUUACGCCCUAACGGAUCUGGUGAAGGAAACCACAGAGGCCUUUCACAAAGAAAUCCCUGGAUCUCAGGUGAUCAAGCUGCUUUUACUUACAACCAGUCACCAAGUUUAA